AUGGAAACGGUCAAUUCCUGUGAUGACAGACACUGUUCCAAUGUAGCUGAACAACCUCAACCCAUUCUUACUCCUGCCACUGAACUCACCAUUUCCUUUCAAGGCGACGUCUAUGUUUUCCCUUCCGUUACGCCACAAAAGCUGCAGGCUGUAUUGUUACUCUUGGGAGGCCAGGAGACACCCAAUACUCUCCCCUCCUCUCACUUUUUGCUGCCGCUAAACUAUCACCACAUUUCGGGAAUAAAUGAUCCUUCCCGUAAUUCAAAGCUUUCGCGGAGAUUUGCAUCGCUUGUUAGGUUCCGUGAAAAACGAAAAGACAGAUGCUUUCAGAAGAAAAUUCGCUACACUUGCCGGAAAGAGGUUGCUGAGAGGAUGCAACGGAAGAAUGGACAGUUUGCAUCAUUGAAGGAAGAGUACAAUUCUCCUACUGAAAACCAGGAUUCUAGCAGUGGUACACCUUGCCCAAAAUCUACUGAGCGUAGAUGUCAGCAUUGUGAAAUUGGUGAGAAGUCUACUCCAGUAAUGCGUCGAGGACCGGCUGGUCCAAGAUCUCUAUGCAAUGCUUGUGGGCUCAUGUGGGCAAAUAAGGGAACUCUGAGAGAGCUCAACAGAUCAGGAAGGAUUGCUUUUGAACACAAUGAACUGGAUACUUCAACGGACAUAACACCUUCAACAACAGACCCAGAAAAUUCAUGUGCUGCGCAGGACAAGGAGGAAAGCCCCCGGGAAACAAAGCCUGUGCCAAUGGAUGCCAUACAGUCACCCGAGAUGAUAGAUGAGCAGUAUAUGGUCGAAUCUGCUGAAGCAGUUAUUGACAACUUGUCCAUCCAAGUGGAGAACAAUGCUCUUGAUCUGCAAGAGCUGGAUAAAACUAUGGAGGAUCUUGCUGAUGCUUCUGGGAUCGAUUUUGAGAUUCCUUCCUGUUUUGAUGAUCAGGUUGAUGUUGAUGAUCCCCACAUGAGGACUUACUGGCUGUGA